AGCCGCUCCCGAGGAGGGCUGAGAGGCGGGUCCUAGACUGGGGACACAAGGACAGCAGAGCCCCAGCUCAGAGCCUGGGACGGUCAUGGGGGAACAAGACCAAGACCGGCUGUAACUGAGAGGCCCCCAAGGUGGACACCGAGAAGCAGAAGGCACUUCAGCAGACAUCUAAAAAUCUCUGACAGAAUAUGACUCAAGCAAACAGGAAGAAGCGGUCCUCCCGCAGCCCCAAGAUGAUCUCGCCGCCCAUGGUGAUGAAGAUGCAAAAAGUACUGCAGAAGGAGGUGGUGCGAGAGUUCCUGGCUGAGCUCAUGAGCACAUACGUCAUGAUGGUGUUUGGCCUUGGCUCCGUGGCCCAUAUGGUUCUAGGGGACAAACUUGGGAGCUACCUCGGUGUCAACUUGGGUUUUGGCUUCGGAGUCACCAUGGGAGUGCACGUGGCAGGAAAGGUCUCUGGGGCCCACAUGAAUGCGGCCGUGACCUUCGCCAGCUGUGCACUAGGCCGCAUGGCCUGGAAGAAGUUUCCUGUGUAUGUACUGGGUCAGUUCACAGGUUCCUUCCUGGCUGCUGCCACCAUCCACUUCCUCUUCUACGGAGCCAUUAUGGACUACUCGGGCGGACAUCUCACAGUGACUGGCCCGAUUGCCACUGCUAACAUUUUUGCCACGUAUCUUCCUGACCACAUGACAUUAUGGAGGGGCUUCCUGGAUGAGGUGAUAGUUACAGGGAUGCUCCAGCUGUGUCUCUUUGCCAUCACGGACAAUGGGAACAACCCAGCACUGCAAGGGACACAGGCCCUGGUGAUCGGCGUCCUCAUCGUCACCAUUGGAGUGUCCCUGGGCAUGAACUCCGGAUACGCCAUCAACCCGUCGCGGGACCUGCCUCCGCGUUUCUUCACCUUUCUUGCCGGCUGGGGCACACAGGUCUUCAGGGCCAGGGACUGGUGGUGGGUGCCAGUGGUGGCACCGCUGCUGGGUGCUUACCUAGGUGGCAUCAUCUACUUGGUCUUCAUCGGCUGCCCCAUUCCACGGGAGCCCCAGACACUGGAGAACCACACGGGGAGUGAAGAGCACAGAAUACCUGUGUUGCCCAAGGCCAUGCCUCACCAAACAGAGGUCUCGUCCCUCGCCUCUGGCUCUGUGUCUCCCCUCACCUCUGUCUCUGUGUCUCCCCACAGCAGACCUUCAUUCCCGUCCAUCCCCCCCUUAAGUGACUCCAUUCGAAUACAGCAAUUCUAAGUAAGGUCUUUUGUGAAUCCAUCUCCACCCCAAUAAAAAAAGCCUUGUCCCACA